AACCAGUGUUGUGCCGAUUUCAGCACCCCCGCCAGGAAAAGCACCCCCUCUCGGGAGCGCGCACGGUGUGGUGUGUGAGGAAGUGUGUAUCACACACAGGUGUGUGUGUGUGUGUGUGUGAGCAGGUAUAAAGUGCAGUAGGAAGGUGUUCUGGAUCAGAAGAAGCUUCACACACCUGGAUUUACUGCUCACCUGUUCACACCUCAAUCUCACCACUGCAGGGGAUCUAAUGAAGACGUGGGCUUUUCUGCAGCUAGCGGCAUUAGCCGCGGUGUGCGUGGCGCAGCAGGACUGUAGCCGGGGGGCGUGUUACCCUCAGCUGGGGGAUCUGCUGAUUGGACGAGAACAACACCUGAGCGCCUCGUCCACCUGCGGUCUCCUCGCCACCGAGAUUUACUGCACACCUUUUGGACAGAUGAGGAUGAAGUGCUGCCCGUGUGACUCUCAGAACCCGGCCGGUCCAAACGCCCACACCAUACAGAACGUGCUCUCCAGCGCCGGAACCGGCAGGUGGUGGCAGUCCAAGAAAGAUAUGAAUCCAGUCACUGUCCAGGUGGACCUGCAGCAGCUGUUUCAGGUGAACAAUGUGAUGCUUUCAUUUAAGGGUCCUCGGCCGGACGCGCUGGUGAUCGAGCGGACGAAGGAUUUCGGCCGGACAUGGCAACCCGCACUGUACAUGGCAGCCAACUGCGCCUCCGCUUUCCCCAGGGUUUCCACGGCAACACCGAACAACCUGGGCCACACCUACUGCUACACCCUCCCCCCCACCUCCAACAACCCCUACCAGGACCAGCUGAUUAAUUACAUCCCCCUCCAUCAAUACUCCAACAUCAACUACCCACCUGAGUACAAAAUACAGGAGGUCAGUGGUUUUACGGGUCUGCGUGUGAAUCUCACGCGGCUGGGUGAGGUCGUCCGUCUGCCCGGCCGCAGCCCGAGCCGAUACUACGCCCUGAAAGAGAUGAGAGUCACAGGAUCCUGCUUCUGCUACGGCCACGCCAACCGCUGCCUACCUGACCCCACCUCCAACUACCUGCCCACUGUACAGGUGAAUGGAGUGUGUGAUUGUCAACAUAACACAGCAGGUGUGAAUUGUGAACGUUGUGCUGACUUUUACAAUGACCUGCCCUGGAGAGCCGCCCAGCAAGACAACCCACACACCUGCAAAUGCUGUGAGUGUAAUAACCACUCUCAGAAGUGUCACUUUGAUGCUGAGCUGUAUGAGCUGAGUGGGCGGAGCAGUGGGGGGGUGUGUGACGGGUGUUUACACAACACUGCAGGACCACACUGUGAACGCUGCGCCCCAAACUACUACAGGAACCCCAACAGUGACAUACGACAAGCUAACGCCUGCCUACCAUGCCAGUGUAACAGUGCAGGAUCAGUGAGUGGUGGUCAGUGUAACCCCGCUACAGGAGUGUGUGUGUGUAAGGCUAAUGUGGAGGGUCCGCGCUGUGACCGCUGUAAACCUGGAUAUUACGGACUGAACCCCUCUAACCCACUCGGCUGCUCCAAGUGCUCCUGCAGUGCGUCCGGUUCUCUGAGCAGUGUGUGUGACGCUGUGACGGGUCAGUGUGUGUGUCGGCCGAACAUGCAGGGUGUAUCAUGUGACCGCUGUGCUGCCGGAUUCUGGAACUCACCAACCGGCUGCCAGCCCUGCAACUGUGACCCCAACCACUCCCUCAGCUCCACCUGCGACCAGGAAACGGGUCAGUGUGUGUGUCGGUCCGGGUUUAUGGGCCGAACCUGUGGCGGCUGUCCGGACAACACCUACGGAGAUCCUCUGACCGGCUGCAGACCGUGCAGGUGUGACAGUACAGGCUCCGCCCCCGGUGGGUGUGAUAAGCGUACAGGUGCUUGUAUCUGUAAGCCAGGUGUUGGAGGUGCCCGCUGUGACUCGUGUGCCCGUGGGUACUGUUCCAGUUUCCCUCAGUGCCCGGUCUGCCCGUCCUGCUUCUUCUCGCUGGACCUGCAGCUGCAGAACCUGACGCUGGAUCUGGAUCGGCUGGCCGCCCGGCUGGACACCCAGCCCGGCACAGGAACCGGCACAGGAACCGGCACCUCCGGCCCAGGUUUACCUGGAGACGCUGAGGACAGAAUCAGAAACAUGGAGGACACUCUGCAGCAGAUCAAGAGCUUCCUCAACCUCCCACUGCCCUCAGAACCCCUACUGACCAGAGACCUGAAUACACUACGCACACUACAACUCACAGUUACCAGGUUAAACAACAGGCUGUACUCUGCUGAUCCCACUCCUGACCUGCAGGGGGAGCUGGACAAACUGCAGGCUCUGCUGUUCAACAUCCGCUUCCUCUUCGACACCAAGAGAAACGCCACCACCUCCAGCGGCAACGACUAUACAGGUUCCAUGCGUUUGAUUAACUUUGCUCGUGAGCGCUCUGUGGCGGCGGAGAAGCAGGCGAACGCUACAGGAAACACCAUUAACAAUUCAGCCACCAUCAGAGGAGACGCCCUUAAAGACCUAGACAAUAUCCAACCUGGCAACACCGACAACCUGCAGAAACUUAAGGACAAUCUGGCAACCCGGCCCAAUCUCACACCUACAGCUGUACAGGUGUGUGGCAGUACCCGUCUGACCCCCUGCACCCCUCAGGAGUGUAAUGGUGAGCUGUGCCCACCAGCUGGAGCGCCCCCUUGUGGUCAGAGUGAGCCGUGCACCGGGGCUUUACCUCAGGCCAACAGAGCGGUGAAGAACACUGACGAGGUCAAAACCAAACUACAGCAACUCAACAAGAACAUCACACAGGCCUACGAACAGAUUCAGGAAACCCAGAACUCAGCUGAUCGCGUCAGGCUGUCUGCAGAGGAGCUGGCCAAUCGGAUCAAAGUAACGAGGGACGACCUUGACUACGACCUGAAAGACAUCAAAGACUUUAUUAAGAAGCUGAAGGACUUCCUGUCAGACCCCUCCUCGGACCCCGCGGAGGUGCAGCGUGUGUGUGAGGCGGUGUUGGGGGUGAAGCUGCCGGAGGGGGCGGAGUCUCUGAGGAAGAAGCUGCAGGAGAUGCAGGACCUAGCGGCGACUCUGCCGGACAGCACCAGGGUCCUGAAGGAGGCGGAGCCAAAACUGGAGCAGGCACGGCGCCUCCUACAGGACGCUGAGAGAACCAGGAACAAGUCAGUGCUGCUGCAAAACGGUGCUGAUCAGCUGAUUUCUGAUCUAAAUAAAUCUGAAGAUGACCUUGAGAAGCUUCAGAAUAACCUUGAGCAGAGUCAGGACAUUGUGAACAAAGUGAAGGACGACAUCCAGAAGGUGGAUCAGUCAUUGGCUCCUGUAGACCAGCUGCUGACAGAUGUGGGGUUGUUACUACAGCCGAUGCGCCCCCUGCUGGAGGAGCUGAAAGGUGAUGUUAAGAAGGCGAGAGAGGAAACAGGAGAGGCGGAGAAACAGGCAGGAGGAGCAGAACUGGAGGCUGAACUUGCAGCUACGGAGCUGGAAGAGCUUCAGGAGCAACUUAAGAAGUUAAAGCAGAAUGCUAACGCUAGCACAGAUGCUAACGAAGCCCAACAACGGCUACUGGAUCUGCACCAGGAUGGCAUAGAACUCAUCCAGGAAACCAGAGACAUGAUGCAGAAAAUCAUGGAUAAAGAGCGCUCCCUGCAGGAGGGGAAGGAGGAGCUGCAGAGAUCUUCAGAGCGUCUGGCUGGUCUGGACGUGUAUCUGCAGGAGCUGAUCAAUGAAAUCCACAGCAGAGCCACAAAACUCAACAUGUGUCAGUUCUAAGCGGAACACUAGGGGGCGCUAAACGCGCCAUUACCGUAUUUUUCAGACUAUAAGUGCACUUAAAAUCCUUUAUUUUUCCCCAAAAUCUGACUGGUAUUAAGUAGCAGUAAAGGUGAGACUGGAACAGCUUUAGCAUUAGCUGCUAAUUGUGCUAAGCGCUAGUUGGCUCUUUUGCUGUUCAGAGUUGUAGUCUGUAGUGUGUUUACCGUGUUAAAACAAGCUGCGUGGGACAAACCGCUAGCUACUAUCACCAUGGCUUACCGAAAUACUCAGGGUUCCUCUUCCUCAGCUAGCGCUAGCUGUUAGCUUUAGUGAAAAUCUGCAAUUCUACGAUUACUGUGAAUAAUUGGAAAUUAAUUGAAUUAAUUUAUUAAUUAAUUAAUAAAUUAAAAAAAAAAAGUUUUUUAAAGAAAUACAGUGGCUUAAAAACCUGCUAAAUUAGAAGUAAAACAUGGCGACACCCCUGUUCCUUACUAGUAUUGCACAAUGCAUAUUAUGUAUGAAAAUAGAUGUCUAUUGAUAGUCUAUUGAUACUUAUAAUAUGGUGCACCUUAAAGUGUGAGAAAUAUGGUACAUCAUUACGUCAGAAAGAACUAAUAUUAUUAUAAUGAAAUCCCAUUUUAACUGUUACACUGUUUUUAAUAUUAAUU